AUGCCAUCACCGGGCUCUGAUUGGCCGCUGCGGCCGCGAGCUACAGAGUCCGAGAGAGGGGGGCGUGUCUGGGGUGCCGUAUAUGAGCGGCUGUCCUCCUGUCCACCGUCAGAAGGAAACGCUCACAUAAAGCAGUGCGCAGCAGCAGCAGCAGCACCAGCACUAGCAGCAGCAGCAGCAGCAGCAGCAGCAGCUCCCUCUCCCUCCUGGAGGUUACACACUAACAGAGAGCCACCUCCGCUUCUUCUGCCGCAGCGGACCCACUCGGACUCAGUUUAUUUCUUCCAGCAGCAGCACAGAGAGGAGCGGAACUUUGGAGACAUGCAGUCUGUGUGCCAGCACCUCAUCAGCCUGCUGUUCGUCUUCGGCAGCCUGCAGGUCCCUCAGCUGACCGAGGGCUGCUCGUGCGCGCUCACGCACCCGCAGGACGCCUUCUGCAACUCGGACAUAGUGAUCCGAGCUAAGGUGGUCGGCAAGAAGCAGCUGAGAGACGGACCUUUUGGAACAAUGCGCUACACCAUCAAGCAGAUGAAGAUGUACAAAGGAUUCGAGAAAGUUCAGCACGUGCAGCACAUCUACACGGACGCCUCCGAGAGCUUGUGCGGCGUCAAGUUUGAGAUCAACAAGUACCAGUACCUGAUCACAGGUCGGGUGUACGACGACAAGGUUUACACGGGGCUGUGCAACUUCAACGAGCGGUGGGAACGGCUGUCGCUGGCGCAGAAGAAGGGCUUCAACCACCGCUACCAGCUGGGCUGCAACUGCAGGAUUAAGCCCUGCCACUACCUGCCCUGCUUCGUGACUUCGAAGAACGAGUGCCUCUGGACGGACAUGCUGUCCCACUUUGGCUAUCCCGGCUACCAGUCCCGACACUACGCCUGCAUCCAGCAGAAAGAGGGUUACUGCAGCUGGUACCGAGGCAUGACCACCCGCGAUAAAACCAUCAUCAACGCCACUGAUCCCUGAUUCCAGGCACACCCCGCCCAGAAGCCAACGCUCUCCCGCCCCGUUUUUGUCCCCCAUCUCGGAUUCCUCUCACUGGACUCGUGACGGCCUUCUUUAAAAAGGCAGAAAAGAGCAGAUAUAUUACAGUGCCUGUCUGUAGCACUUCUGAUAGAAAAAAAACAACAAAAAACAAAGCGUUGUUGUAGAGGUUGCCCUUUAGCCUUGUAAAGUUUUCCCACUUCAAUCAGCUACCAUCGCGUUUUAAUCCGUGGUAGAAGCAGUAGAAGUUUAUCAGACGUUUAUACGGGAAGACCGUUAUCAACCUCAGUUGGGAUCUUAAAAUUGAAAAAGUGGACCGACCUUAAGCAGCUAAUCUACUGAUGAUUUCAUUGAUAUCUUGCCAAUAACACAGACCAGCUUCUUAAAGUAACACACCCCAAAUUAAAAACUGAGAUGAAAUCUUUUCACAAUAGCACACCUGCUAGCAGCACUGCCAAAACACUUCUCGAUUUGUGCCAAUGUGUGAGGUAUGAGAAUCAUACUUUUUAGAUUCAAAUUCUGAAAAUGCAGCUUCAGAUCAGCCGUGUUCAGUUUUUACUGCAGCAUCCGUCUUUAACACGGCUGCACCUCGGCUUCCCCGAAUGUCUCUAGUGCAACUCACCUGCAGUUGCACCUCAGCCCCGUACACUUCCUGCUUUGUUGUGCAUAGAUUAUCAAACGUUAACACUGAUUCAGUGCCAACAGAGGGAGGAGUUCUUUUCUUUUUUGAGUUGUGAUAUUUUAUUUUAUGCUGUAUAUAAAAAUAAGCUAAAGAAAUGCUGAAAUCUCUAUAAUGCAUUUAUUUAUGUUUAUUGGAUUACACAGUAACCCUGUUAUACAUGGAAAAACAGAACUAAAAAAAAAAAGUACACCACGUCAAAUCAGUCAGUGUGAACGACACGCAUCGAAAUUUUAAGGUACUUUUUUUUUUUCUGUUCGAUCAUAUUUCCCUUGGCUGGUACUAUUCAACAACCCGGUGAUUAUUCAGUUUAAACAGGUUUCACAGUACGAGAUAUUUUCUAAGUGUAUAUUCAAUCUUUUGUAUUUAACUAUUUUAAAUGAACAUUAUAUAUAAAUAUAUAAAAAAGAAAGUAAUUUUAUUGUCACUAAGAAUCAUUCUUCUUCACCUGCUCCAGUUUGGAUUUUUUUUUUCUUGUUAGCUUCCUUUCAGUCCAUUCCAUUAGCGGAUGCUGAUUUGCCUCAAAUGGAUUAACACGUUUUUUUGGGUUUUUUUUUAAAUCAGCAAAGUUUCUAUUGAAGGCCUAAGAAAUGACCUUACUAAGUUCUGCCAGUUGGAUGCGAUGCUAAACGUUAGCUUUGCUAAUCAGACAUAAAUAUGUCUGAUUAUUUUUGCAACAAAUGGUUGCAAAAAUUCAACCAUUUGUUUUUCAACAGUCGGCCUCGAAUUUCUUUUUUUUAUUUUUUGUUUUACAAUUACAUUUAAAUAAAGCUUUAGCUUCUUGUGAGAGCUUUUACCCAAAUUUCUUGACCAUCUUAAACUAAGCUAACCAACUGCUAAUUUUAGCUAGCAAAUAGGAUGCCUCGACUUCUUCAAGCAACUCUUAAUUUCAUUUUCUUUUACGGGCUGAAUUGUUUUCAUUAGUGUCCAUAGGGUUCCUCCUCCAGUUGUGGCAUUUCUGCGUCAUUAUUUCUGUGGUUUCUGUUUGUGUAAAUAUAUUGUCUGCUUAACACAGAAACGAUUGGUCAAGUUCAAACUAAAAAAAAAGAGGAACAACUGAAAUCAAGAAAGCUGUGUACAGUCUGUGUGUAAGCACUGAUUCCUGAAUUGUGUGGGGUGGGUGGGGGUGUUACCAUGUAAGGGUAGAGAAAUGUUUGACUUAAUUUCUGUGUUUUCUAUUUUUAUAAUAAAGAGUCAAUGAAAAAUGGA